AUAUCUCUAGAAACAGGUGUUCCAGAUGAAGCUUCAGCAUGUCAGCACUGAGUCUGCCUGUGUAACUGGAGUGCAGGAGCUCUGACUGACAGCAACAGGUUUGUGUACGUACCCCAUACCCCCUGGAAGAGACACAACCAAACCGGAAACCCAAGCAAAGUGCAUUUCCGAGCUGAACUCGCUGGAUUACAAUCGCACCUCGUCCCACAAGAGCUAGGGCCGCGAGAUGCAGGCACUGGGGAUUAGUCUUGUGGUGUCCUGCCUUUGGAUCUUGGCUGACGCCUCCGAGGCAGAGAACAACCUGACGACCAAACUGUACAAGGACUACAACCUGAAGGUUCGCCCGGCGAAGGAGCAGGGGGACAGGGUGAUGGUGAGGGUGGGCAUGACCCUGGCCUCACUCGUCAGCGUGACUGAGAAGAAUGAAGAAGUGACUACCAAUGUGUUCAUGAAUCUGGCCUGGACAGAUUACCGGUUGAGUUGGAACCCAGCGGAACACGACAACAUCCAGGUUCUGAGAAUUCCUUCAGCCAGGGUGUGGCGCCCAGAUAUCUAUCUCAUUAACAAUAAUGAUGGCAUUUUUGAUGUGGCUCUUCAUGUUCAUGUACAAGUCUACAGUGACGGCACGGUCACCUGGACCCCCCCUGCCAUCUAUCGCAGCACCUGUGGCAUCAAGGUGACCUUCUUCCCUUUCGACUGGCAGAACUGCACCAUGGUGUUCCGCUCAUACACCUAUGAUGCCUCCGAGCUCGAUCUGCAGCACGCGCUUGAUAAGAAGGGCAACGAGGUCAGGGAAGUCACUAUCGACAGCAGCUUCAGCGAGAACGGGGAGUGGCUGAUCCGCCACAUGCCCUCGUCGAAGAACGUGGGAGACGACUUGUACGAAGACAUCACCUUCUACCUGAUCAUCGAGCGCAAGCCUCUCUUCUACAUCUUCAACAUCAUCAUCCCCUGCCUCCUCAUCACCAUCAUUGCCAUAUUCAACUUCUACCUCCCUCCUGACGCAGGUGAGAAGAUGGGUCUGUCCAUCAACGUGCUGCUAACCCUCACUGUGUUCCUGCUGCUGUUAGCAGACAAGGUUCCUGAGACCUCCCUAGGAGUGCCCAUCAUAGUCAACUACCUGAUGUUCACCAUGAUUCUGGUCACCUUCUCUGUGAUCCUGAGUGUGGUGGUGCUGAACCUGCACCACCGCUCCUCCAGCACGCACGACAUGCCUCUCUGGGUGCGCAAGAUAUUCAUUCACCUGCUACCUCGGUACCUGGGCCUGCUGAGGCCCAAGAAAGAGCCACCUCUGAAGCUGAACCUGCCCCCCCAGAGAGAGACUCUUGGGUGUGUGAACAGAGCUGUGGACGAGUACUUCAUCCGCAAACCCAACUGCAACUUCCUGCUCUCCAAACAGAACCGUUACCAGAAUGAGAGCCAGACCUCAGACAUGCGGCGCUUCAUUGACGGGCCCAGUCAGUACCUCACUCUGCCUCCAGAUCUCAAGUCGGCUGUGGACGCGAUCACUUACAUAGCAGAGCAGCUCCAGGCAGAGCAGGACGAUGGAGCGUUGACAGAGGACUGGCAGUAUGUAGCAAUGGUAGUGGACCGGCUCUUUCUCUGGAUCUUUGUUAUCUUCACUACUGUGGGCACACUUGCCAUAUUCAUGGAUGCCAGCUUCAACGGGACCCCCCUCGACCCAUUCCCCAGCCCCUAGACCCCCCCCAUUAUAUGAUUCAGUACUGUAGGAGGCAGUACUGUGUCAUACAGCUCUCGUUGUCAUUGCAGUCAAUCAUAGUCAAUCAUCAAUCAAAUAAACAGGGCUGUGCAGAUGCUUGAAGUUGUUAGUUUUUGAAUGAAAUCCUUUUGCAUUCACUGCCGGAUUGAUACAGUUCUCUUAGCGCUCACAUUAAGAGGAGCGUGUGUGUGUGUGCGCUAAUUUUCUGUAAACGGGACUUUAAGCUUGCAGAGGUGAGAGUGAUCAGUCUGUGUCUCACAAUAGUUACAUUUAGCACGUUAUCAUGAGAGUGAACUCAUCGUGCCUGAUGUGUAAGAUGCUUUGUCCUGGUUCUGUAGUUUUGUAAAUAUAGAUUCAAUGGAAGAAUCAAAAUCCGAAUUUCUGACACACAUGCGGUUUCGCUUGUCUGUUCGUUUCAAAAGCAACCUUGAAAAAAGCACUUUGCCAUGCAGGAAGAAACUAAUCCCAAUCUUAAAAAGAGACCUUGACUUAUUGAAGCCCAGCACGUGGGUUUGGAGGUUAGGAUUCUCCAGACACGCUCAAAGCAUUGAGGCAGAAGGAGCACAGCUGUUGGGCAGCAUCUUGAAUUUUCCAGUGCAGAACCAGAUGCCGUCCAGAGGGGGCGCUUGCACCCAGUAGACCGCCCCACCCAGGCAGUCCAAAAUCUCGCUGGCACCAGCAUUACGGGCAAACUCCCUCGAUUCAGUCUUUUCUUGGUACUCUUUGCUUUUUAUUUAUUGUUCUCAGAUGAUAAUGCUGUCUCCACUUGCAUUAGCUUCAUUCUCACUGCUCUGCUAAAACUCUCUCUCUCUCUCUCUCUCUCUCUCUCUCUCUCUCUCUCUCUCUCUCUCUCUCUCUCUCUCACCGCUUUCCUGAUCUGCCCCCUAGUGUUCAGAGUUAGAAAAGUAAUAAAUAAAUAAUCAGAAACAGUUCAAACAUAAAUACAUUUCAAUA